CUAUUUUUCUCUCUCUUGUUGACAACGUUGCUGAUCGUUAUCAUUUUUAUCUUCAAUUUCAAGAGCUUUAUCAACAAUAGGUGAAUUUUGAUGGAAAACAAUAACCAAUAUUAUGGAAAUGGCAACAAUACCAACAACAAUAGUUGCAAUAGCAACAUGCCAACAAUAGAUGACACAAACCUUGAUUUUUCAAACUUGGAUAUGUUUUCCGUUACAGACAUGGGUGAACUUCCUCAUAGUGCAUCCAUGGACAACAUAUUAGAGGAAUUGUUGCAAGAUACUCAUGUUUGUACCGAUACCAAUACUCGUGACUUAGGUGAAGAUCGCGACCUUACACAUCAUGAUGACUUUCAUUUGCAAACUAAUGUGUUACAUACUUCGUCUAAUAAUGAAGAGAAGAGUAGUGACAACGACGAUUUUGUGCUCAUCAACGAACAUAAAGGUAAAAAACGGAGAAGGAAAGAUCAAGGAUGUAAUAAUAGAGAAGCUGUACGUAAGUACCGUGAAAAGAUUAAGGCACGAGAAGCCAUCCUAGAGGAAGAGAUUCAAAAGUUAAAGGAUUCAAAUCAACAAUUGUUAAAGAGACUAGAAGGUGAGCGCGCGUUGCAUGCUGAGAUUUCGGGGCUUAAGUGUUUGCUUGUUGAUAUACGAGGGAGAAUCGAAGGGGAGAUUAGCUCUUUUCGGUAUCACAAACCAUCUAAUACUAGUUUUCAUCGUGGUUAUGAUCAUAGGAUACUAUGCAAUGAACAUUAUGGAAUUGGUGGAAAAAAGUUGCAAUUAGAUUCAGUGUUGUAUGAUGGUGGUGAAUCUAUGAAGGUUAAUUACAUGAAGAGUAAGAGUGUGGGUACUAAACCGUCGAAAGACAUUUUUAUUUUUGGAAAAGAAUUGGACAACCAUUAGUUGUUCAAUUGGUAAAUUCAACUAUUCAAGCACAUCAAUAAUUUUAUUGAUGUCGUUUUAGUUUUAUCUUGAUUUUCAAAUUAGAAAUCCCAUCUGGAUUAUUAAAAAAAACAAAUAAUAAUACACACUUGAACUUAUUAUUUACUGCUUUUCAAGUUUUGUGAAUUUUCAAAUUUAGUGAUUGUAAGAAAAAGUAUUGUGAGAGACCGAACUCACGCUAAGACGGAUAUAAAAUAUCAUCUAUACUACUUCUAUAUUUUCAUAUA